UUUAAAAAAUCGGUGACAUUUAUUCGAGAUAUCCAAUUAGUUUCAUAGAGCGGUCGUUCUGCAUUUCACAUCCUCGAGGAUGUUGACCAAGGGGUGCAGCCUCUCUCGGGGUCGAUCAAUCCUCACUGGAUUAUUCCAAGGAAAAAGUCAUUCGAGAUGCUUGACGACGGCUGCGGAGCCCAAGGCUCCGAAGGUGAGAACCGAGAUACCUGGACCCCAGUCGAGGGAGUUGUUGCAGGAACUCAAUAAGUAUCAGCAAGCAGCAACAGUUCAACUGUUCGCUGAUUACGACAAAUCAUCGGGGAAUUACAUAGUGGACGUGGACGGUAAUACGUUGCUGGAUGUCUACAUGCAGAUAUCCUCGAUGCCCUUGGGGUAUAAUCAUCCAGCGAUGCUGGAUGCCCUCUCGGACCCCCACAAUCAGAGGUCGAUCGUAAACAGGCCGGCCCUGGGGGUUUUCCCUGGUGGUGACUGGCCCAACAAACUCAAGAAUAUUCUUCUGAAGCCUGGCGUUGUACCCCCGGGCCUCACGCACAUCACCACCAUGAUGUGUGGCUCGUGCUCCAAUGAAAAUGCAUUUAAAAAUAUAUUCAUGUGGUAUGCGAACAAGAGGAGGCACAGUCAGCCCUUCACUAAAGAGGAAAUGGAAAGCUGUAUGGUCAAUCAGAGUCCUGGCUCGCCGCGGUAUUCCAUUCUGUCGUUCAAAGGAGCUUUCCAUGGACGAACACUGGGCUCUCUCUCGGUAACUCACAGUAAAUACAUUCACAAAAUCGACAUUCCUGCAUUCGACUGGCCAAUAGCGUCAUUUCCAAGGUACAAGUAUCCUCUGGAGGAUAACCAGAGGGAGAACAAAGCAGAGGACGAGAGAUGUCUGGCGGAGAUCGAGGAUCUAAUGGUCAAGUUUGACAGGGAGAAGAACACCCCAGUGGCUGGGGUAAUCAUCGAGCCCAUUCAGGCAGAGGGAGGGGACAACCAUGGAUCCUCUUCUUUCUUUCAGAAACUUCGACAGCUGACAAAAAAGCAUGGAGCUGCACUACUCAUUGAUGAAGUACAAACUGGGGGUGGUCCCACCGGGAAAAUGUGGUGUCACGAGCAUUUUAAUCUCGAUUCCCCUCCUGAUGUCGUCACUUUCAGUAAGAAGAUGCAGUUGGGAGGUUAUUUCCAUUCUGCUGAACUCAAACCCAAUGCUGGCUACAGAGUCUUCAACACGUGGAUGGGUGAUCCUAGCAAGCUCAUACUCCUGGAGGCAAUCAUGAAAGUAAUUGAGCAGGAUCGUCUCUUGGAAAAAGUCUCAAAGGUCGGUAAGUAUACCCUGGACCACUUGAAGAACCUAGAGAAGGAGCACUCGACGCUUAUAAAUUCCUCGAGAGGUCGGGGGACCUUCAUCGCCUUCGACGGUGCUACCCCCGAAAUUCGAGACAAGAUAGUCAAGAAACUUCUCACGAAAGGAGUCCAAGCAGGUGGUUGUGGUGCUUCAGCAGUCAGACUCCGUCCGGCUCUCACGUUCGACCAACACCACGCUGAUAUAUUUUUGGAUGCUCUCCGUUCAGUCCUCACCGAGUAAAAAUACAAAAUAAAAUCAGGAAUAAUCAAGUCUUCCACGAUCAUGAACUGCGCCUGUUAUUUUUGUAAAUUUCUGCAGAAAAAAAUAUCUGGAGUGUGUUCCAUAAUUCUGUGGGUGAACUGUUCACUUCACGACGAAUCUUCAAAAUGUGCUGUCUUCAAUAAGCGUGAUUAAUUAAUCAUUAAUAUCCGAUGUCUUCCGUCACCACUCAACUCUCUAUAGACAAAAAAUAUUACUACAAUAAACUCUCAUAAAAACUCAGUUUUCGUUAG